AUGGGUCAGACUCUUUCUGAGCCGGUCGUUGAGAAGAUAUCAGCUAUCGGAGGCGAUGAGAGAUUAAUCUAUGGUGUCUCGUCUAUGCAAGGAUGGAGAAUUAGCAUGGAGGACGCGCACGCGACUAUCCUUGAUUUACAAAUUACAAAGGGAAAGGAUUUCAAGCCAGCUCCAAUCGAAAGCAGACUCUCCUUCUUCGGUGUUUACGAUGGACAUGGAGGAGACCGGGUAGCAUACUUUGCAGGGGAAAACAUACACCAGAUCAUCGCAAAACAAGAAGCAUUCAAAAAGGGUGAUAUUGAGCAAGCUUUGAAGGAUGGCUUCCUUGCAACAGACAGAGCAAUCUUGAUGGACCCAAGAUACGAGGAGGAAGUUUCUGGCUGUACUGCAUCGGUUGGGAUCAUUUCGCACAAGAAGAUCUACGUGGGAAAUGCUGGAGAUUCGAGAAGUGUGUUGGGCGUUAAGGGUCGCGCUAAGCCUCUGUCAUUCGACCACAAGCCGCAGAACGAAGGCGAAAAAGCUAGAAUCAACGCGGCUGGAGGUUUCGUCGACUUUGGUCGUGUUAAUGGCAAUCUUGCAUUGUCAAGAGCUAUUGGGGAUUUUGAGUUCAAGAAGAGUGCAGAGCUUUCUCCCGAGCAGCAAAUCGUGACUGCUUUCCCAGACGUUACUGUACACGAUAUUACAGACGACGAUGAGUUCUUGGUGGUUGCUUGUGAUGGUAUCUGGGAUUGCCAGUCCUCCCAAGCUGUCAUUGAAUUCGUGCGACGAGGGAUUGUUGCCAAGCAAGACUUAUCCAAGAUCUGCGAGAACAUGAUGGAUAACUGCUUAGCGUCCAAUUCAGAAACUGGUGGUGUCGGAUGUGAUAACAUGACUAUGGUCAUCAUUGGUCUCUUGAACGGCAAAACCAAGGAAGAGUGGUAUGAUGAAAUCGCCCAGCGUGUCGCGAGUGGAGAUGCUGAAUUCCGAGGACCUGGUGUUCAUCAUAAUUUUGAUGACAGUGAUAGUGGUUAUGAUAUUGAUAUGGAUCAGAAGCUUAAGUCUUUCGGUGGGAACCAACGUGGACGGAUCAUUCUUCUUGGAGAUGGUACAGAAGUCCUCACUGAUUCCGAUGAUACAGAAAUGUUCGAUCACGGUGAGGAAGACAAAGACCUCGUUAGCCAAGUCCCCAAGGGACAACCCGAUUCCGAAGUCCCCGAAUCCGAUUCCUUACCCGAAAAGAUUAACCCGAAAGAUCCAAAAUACCAGGCUGUAGCAGAUGAGCUUUUACCACAAACGAGCGACUCGAAGGGAAAAAGCGUUGAGAAGGAAGAGAAGUAG